AUGUAUGCGAUGUGGAGACUGCAAGUCGCCUUAUGUACUCUGUCGUUGCUGUCCCUGUCAUCUGGUGGUGAAAGCAAAGCGCGGAGCUGUAGCGAGGUUAGACAAGCUUAUAACGCUAAAGGAUUCAGCCUCGUCAAUGUACCUCAUCAGGAAAUAUCAGGUGAGCACCUGCGUGUCUGUCCUCGGGGAUACACCUGCUGCACGUCCGAGAUGGUGGACAAACUCAGCCAGCAGAGCAAACUGGAGUUCGAGAACCUGGUUGAGGAGAGCAGCCACAAUAUGAGGACGACGUUUGUCUCGAGGCAUAAAAAGUUUGAUGAGUUUUUCUUGGAGCUGCUGGACAAUUCUGAGAAGUCUCUGAACAGUAUGUUCACACGGACAUACGGGAAGCUGUAUAUGCAGAACUCAGAGGUGUUCCAGGACCUGUUCACUGAGCUAAAGCGCUACUACACUGGGGGCAACGUCAACCUGGAAGAGAUGCUGAAUGAUUUCUGGUCCAGGCUUCUGGAGCGCAUGUUCCAGUUACUCAACUCGCAGUACCACUUCACAGACGACUACCUGGAGUGUGCCAGCAAAUACACAGACCAGCUAAAGCCCUUUGGGGAUGUGCCCAGGAAACUCAAGGCCCAGGUCACCAGGGCCUUCAUCGCUGCACGGACGUUUGUCCAGGGGCUAAUGGUGGGUCGGGAGGUUGCCAACAGGGUCGCCAAGGUGAAUGUAGUGCCAGCAUGUGCCCAAGCCUUGACAAAGAUGCUGUAUUGUCCAUACUGCCAUGGCCUGCCCGGGCUGAAACCCUGUCACAACUACUGUCACAACGUCAUGAGGGGCUGUCUAGCAAACCAGGCAGACCUAGAUCCUGAAUGGAACCUCUUCAUCGAUGCUAUGUUACUGGUGGCAGACAGACUGGAGGGACCCUUCAACAUUGAAACAGUUAUAGAGCCAAUUGACAUCAAGAUCUCUGAGGCUAUCAUGACCAUGCAGGAGAACAGCAUGCAAGUGUCAGCCAAGGUUUUUCAAGGAUGUGGCCAACCAAAGCCAUCAGGAAUAGGCAGGUCUGCACGCGGCAUCACAGAUGUGUUUAAUGCUCGCUUCAGACCCUACACCCCUGAGGAGAGGCCAACCACAGCAGCUGGAACAAGCCUGGAUAGACUGAGGGUUGUCUGGAGGACAAUGCAACACAGUGUGAUUGACAUCAGAGAGAGGUUGAAGGAGUCCAGGAGGUUCUGGUCCAACCUGCCAGACGAUAUCUGUGCCAAGGGCAAGCUCACAGAGUCUGACGACGAGCAGUGCUGGAACAGCCACGCGAAGGGCAGAUAUUUCCCUGAAGUGGUGAAGGAGGGUCUAACCAACCAAGUGAGCAACCCAGAGGUGGAUGUGGAUAUCACCAGGCCUGACACACUGAUCCGGCAGCAGAUCAUGGCUCUACGUGUCAUGACCAAUAAGCUAAAGAACGCCUACAAUGGAAAUGACAUUUACUUCCAAGACUCCAGUGACGAGGGCAGUACCUCUGGCAGUGGCAGCGGCUGCUCUGACGGCUGCACAACAGAGUUUGUUUUUGUCGGAACAGAGGCUCCUGUAAUUGGAGCUGACAGGAGCGAUGAACGCGCAGCAGCAGCAGCCGCUGGCAAGUCCCUUUCCCGUGGACCCUCCCUACUGCUGGUGAUGGCCGCCCUCACACUCCCACUUUGGGCAAUGCAGACUCACUGGAGAUAA